CAAGAGUUUGAUGUUUUCUCUAAUAAACCUGCAGAGUUUCCAUCAGUGUCACUGGUGAUUACAUAUCCAGCUGGCUCUGCCACGACGGUACAUGACGGCGACAAUGACUUCACAGAGGAAGAGCAAGCUCCUAAACUGGACUACAAUGACCCUCACUGGUGCCACACUCCUGGUCUGACCAACGGGGAGGUGACCUGCCGCUCUCCUCGAGGAGUGGCCUAUAUGAGCACGCUGGGCACUCGCUGUGAGAUGAGGUGUGACCGAGGAUACCGACUCUUGGGGAGGAGCUCCAUCCAGUGCCUCGCCACCCGCCGCUGGUCUGCCACAGCUUUCUGCCGCAAAAUGCGUUGCCGCAUAUUGCCCCUCAUCCCGCGCGGCAGAUACACCUGCACGCACGGCUUCGAGGUCGACUCGAGGUGCGAUUUCACCUGUGACACCGGCUACCGCAUCGAGGGCGAACACUCGCGCACCUGUCGGCACGGGGGAAGGUGGAGCGGACUUCAGCCAGACUGUGCAGAUACUGAUCCUCCAAAAAUCCGGUGCCCUCCGUCCAGACUCAAGGUCGCCGAGCCGGGAAAACUCACAGCCAGGGUGACCUGGGAACGCCCUGCCGCUACAGAUACCGCGGAUAAAUCUCUCGAAGUCAUAUUAGUGGGCCAAGAGCCAGACACCGACUUUAAAGAAGGAGUGCAUAUUAUCCGAUACAAAGUGUACGACCAGGCCAGGAACAGAGCCGCCUGCAAGUUUAUUGUCCGCGUUGAGGUGAGACGAUGUCCAGAACUACAUCCACCUCUGCAUGGCUACAUCUCCUGCUCCUCUGAUGGGAAUAACUACGGCGCCACGUGUGACCAUCACUGCGACGGAGGAUACGAGCUGCGGGGAGUUUCCAGUCGCGUCUGCCAGUUCAGCCGUAACUGGGGAGGAGAUCCUGCCGAGUGUGUUCCGAUGGAGAUUAAAUCGGACGUGAAGACCGCUCCAGCUCUCCUGGAUCAGUUCUACGAGAAGAGGAGGCUGCUGAUCGUGUCUGCGCCCAACAUAUCUGACCCCGACUACCAACUGCAGAACAUCAUGAUUCAAAAAUCUGACUGUGGAUUAGACCUGAGACACGUGACCUUGAUCGAGCUACUGGGCUCCCCGCCUCGAGAGACAGGCCGCAUUAAAGAAAGUCUGCUCAACGUCGAAGUCAUCGAGGGUUUGAGGCAAGCGUUCAGAAUCUCCAGGUCCUACUUCAGCAUGGUACUGCUCGACGAGCUGGGCAUGGACCGAGAGCGCUUCAUCACUCCCGUCGGCUCGGACGAGCUGUUCUCCUACAUCGACAGCUUCCUGCUGGGUGAAGAGGAGCGAGAGAGGCUCGAGCUCCACAGAGACUUCUGUGACUAACUUAAUAGAUCCCUCCGGUUGCCAUAGUGAUAAACCUAUCAGCGAAACUAUAGCAGCACGAGGACGGUUCAGGCGUCGGGUUCGGCGGAACAUUAGGAGGGAGGACAAGGACAAGAAGGCGGGUCCUCAUGUUCUAAUGUGAUUAUUAGAUAACACUGAAGCUGCAGCACUGUCAAGACAGGAUUCAGAGAGAACACAGAACACACAAAGAUACUGUUAGUAACCUGAUAUUUAAGGCCAGGUGUGGAAGAAGUGAGCGCACCUGGUCUUUUUGAACCUGUCACAAACGCUGUGGAGUCCAGUGACAGUUUUAGCGCCGUUACUGUUUUUUUUGUAUCUUGUACAUUUCCGAUCAAUCCGUUCAAGUGAUCUGAUGAAAUAAUAACAAUAAAAAAAAAAAGUGAGAACUGUC